GCGAGUGCGGCGCGCAAUCUUGCGGAUAGAUUCUCUCCCCGGCGAAGUGAACGUUCGUUGAAUAUCAUCAAAACGGGUGCAACGAAGAUAGAGCUAGGCAAGGGACCGACGCGAAGCCUAAUACAUCAACUCUCUCUUUUUAUCCCUCGCGUAGUAUAUGUGUGUGUGAGAAAGGAGGAACGAAAGUAAUAACCUUGAAAAGCCCACCCUCGAAGCAUCGUCAGAGGGAGCCUCACGUUGCGGUUGAGAGAGAAAUUCGUCCACUCCGCAAGCCAGUCAACGGCGCUUCAUCGAUGGUAUAGAAAGAGAACGAAACAGAAUAGGCGAUAUCACGUUUUGUACUUCUCUGUCAUUGUUUACGUAAAGAUUUUUUUUUGGAAUUCCGAAUGCGGAGAACCGAAAGAAAGGAUGACAAUGACGAAGGUUAGGUCGUCGUCGGGAUGUUGAGUAUUGUGUUCUUUCAUUAGUGUCACAUUUCAAAGAGUGUUACGAGUACUUGCUUGAGGUGCUUGGAGCAUGAAAAAUAAGGAUGUGUAGCAGCAAGUGAAUUUAAGCAGAGAGAGAAAAAUGGUUGUGACUGGUAAUUUGGCUCAUCGCACCCAAAAUUCCGCUAGAAAAAAUGUCAGGAUUUUACUCGUGGGUGAUCGAGGAGUCGGCAAAACAUCUUUGAUAUUGUCACUAGUGAGUGACGAGUACGCUGAAGAUGUUCCCAGUAAGGCAGAGGAAAUCACCAUACCUGCCGAUGUCACUCCUGAGCAAGUGCCCACAAGGAUUGUUGACUAUUCCGCUGUGGAUCAAACAGAGGAUCAACUUUGUGAUGAGAUCAUGAAGGCACAUGUCAUCUGUGUUGUCUAUUCAGUACCAGACAGGGAAACAUUGGAUAAUGCAAAAUCUUACUGGUUACCACUGAUCAGAAAAAACACCUCAAGCAGUCGCUGUCCUGUUGUACUUGUGGGCAAUAAAAUUGAUGUUAUAGACUAUUCAACAAUUGAAGAAGUCUAUCCAAUCAUGAAAGAGUUUUCAGAAAUUGAAAGUUGUAUUGAGUGCUCUGCCAAAACAUUGCAGAAUAUUUCAGAAAUGUUUUAUUACGCACAAAAAGCUGUUUUACAUCCAACAACUCCAUUGUAUAAUUACGAUUCUCAGGAGUUGACUGAAGAGUGUAAGAUAGCUUUACAGAGGAUAUUUAGGAUUUGUGAUGUUGACAACGAUGGUCUAUUGAGUGAUGCUGAACUAAAUGCAUUUCAACAAUGGUGCUUUAAUACUCCUUUACAACCUCAGGUGCUAGAAGACGUGAAAGCUGUCCUGUCUAAAAAUAUUGAAGAUGGAGUUUUCAAUGGUUUUGUUACAAUGAAAGGCUUCAUGUUUUUGCAAUGUUUAUUUAUUCAAAGAGGAAGAAAUGAAACUACAUGGGCUGUUUUAAGAAAGUUUGGCUAUGAUAAUGAUCUUCAAAUGUCAAAAGACUACAUUCAUCCUCUUCUGAAAGUUCCUUCUGGUUGCACAACGGAACUAUCCCACAAAGGUCAAGAAUUUUUGACCCAACUUUUUAUGCUUCAUGAUCGAGAUAGGGAUAAUGCGUUAUCUCCUCCUGAGUUAGAUUCUUUAUUUUCUAAGUGUCCUGUACCACCAUGGAGAGAUGAAUACAAAUAUAUAGUUGCAACUAAUGAACAGGGAUGGAUCACUUAUCAGGGGUAUAUGUGUCAGUGGACUUUGAUGACAUACAUGAAUGUCAAAAAAACAUUAGAAUAUAUGGCUUACCUAGGGUAUAAUUUGUACAAUAAUGAAUGCCAAACAUCAGCAAUUACUGUAACGCGAGAAAAGAAGCUCGAUCUUGCUAAAAAACAGUCGAGUCGUAAUGUUUAUUGCUGUCAUGUCAUUGGACCAAGAAGUUGCGGGAAAACUACAUUGUGUAGAACGUUCGUUGAUCCUAAACUUGAGACACUAAACAAUGACAAUGUAUCAAGCAACUCACAUGUCACUGUAAAUACAGUCCAUGUUUAUGGGCAAGAGAAAACUAUAAUUUUAAGAGAUAUAAAUAUUUUAAAUGUUCAGGAUGCUCUCACACCAGCUCAGAUUCAGUGUGAUGCUACUGCUCUCGUUUAUGAUGCUAGUAAUCCAAAAUCUUUUGAAUACAUAGCCAGGAUUUAUAUAAAAUAUUUUGCUGAGAGUAAGAUUCCUGUGUUAAUAAUAGCGAAUAAGAGUGACCUUCCAGAAGCAAAGCAGGAAUACCUAUUACAACCGGCGAGCUUCUGCAGCAAGUACAAAUUAAUGCCACCACAGCCUUAUAGCAUUUCGCGAACUGUGCGUCGCGAAAUCUUUGUAAAACUGGCUACAAUGGCAGCCUUUCCCCGCUUUCAAGCAGCGUGGGUAUUGUUUUACAAACACAGCCCAUUGAGGCGAAUGGUGCAUAUGUUGCUUCUGAAACCAUUACCCAGUCAGUGGUGGAGCUCUGUUGCAAGACACAUGAAACAAUUUGGAUUGAUGCAAGGAGACUCAAUCGUCUGGUGGAAAGCUGGAAUUGGAAUAGCUGUGGCAACUAUUGCGGGUUUCGUGGUCAUGCGAAUUUUCAACACUGAUAAAAGAUAGUCUACCAUUCCCUC